CAACGACACUCCGCUUCUCUCCCACGGUGGCGCCGCCAACUUCUCCUUCAUCACUGCGCUUUCCACUGCGCCGAUUCUCUUCACGGCCUUCGCCGGCGGCAUCUCUCUCGUCGCUUUUCUCUUCUUCUAUGGUGCUACUAGGUAAAAUAUCAAAGUCCUCUCAAAUGAACGAUUCAUCUCAAUCGCAAGCGCAAUCGCAAUCGCAAAAACCCUAGCUCAAUCCUUCACUCUCUCACUCAGGCAUAGAUGAUUUUGUUUUCGAUUUCGAUUCCGAUUUCGUUACACUAGAAAAGGUACAAAAACAAAGUGCUUAUACAAGGAAUUUAUAGAUGAAUCCCCUUAAACGAAGUAACAAUUCAUCUUCGUCUUCGAAUAAUUCCUCUCCUUCAUCAUCAUCGUCCUCAUCAUGGAUCCAUUUGCGUUCGGUUCUAUUUGUUGUUACUUCUUCUUCACCAGCUUCUUGUUCAUCCUCUGAUCGAGGUCGUCUUAAAUCACCAUGGUCACGCCGGAAGAGAAAACGCGUCCUUUCUCCUCAACAAUGGAAAAACUUGUUUACCCAUGACGGGAAAAUUCGCGAUGGUGGACUUAAGUUCCUGAAAAGAGUUCGUAGCGGAGGUGUUGAUCCUAGUAUAAGAGCUGAAGUUUGGCCUUUCCUACUUGGAGUGUAUGACUUGGACACUACCAAAGAAAAAAGAGAUGCUAUACGAACUCAAAAUAGAAAGAAGUAUGAGAAACUCCGUAGACAAUGCCGGCAGUUGUUAAAUUCCAAUAGUGGGAGCUUUAAGUUCUUUGAAAUAGGUGAAAUCAGCUAUGACGGAGAUGGUGUGAGUCUUGUUCAAGAUUCUGGUUCUCCUAGUUCUGAAGAUGCAGCAAGUGCCAGAGAAUCCCUUUCCAGUGGGGAGCAGAGUCCAGAUUUUGAAUAUUCAGAUGAUCCAUCCGUUUCCCUGUUGGAAGGAGAUGAUGUUCCCAACAGCAGCUAUGCUGAUGCCUCUGCCCUCGAUUCAGAUUCCACUGACUCAGAUUCCUCAGAAAGUCCUGGAGUAACUCAAACAUUUCCUUCUGAUGAUGCCCAGGCAGAGAACAACAGCGAGACAACUUCCAAGGAAAAUUCUUCUCCCUCACAAAUGAACGGCACUUCAAAACUACGAAGUAGUGAAGACUUUGCCACCUGGCAACGGAUCAUCCGACUUGAUGCAGUACGUGCCAAUGCAGAAUGGAUGCCAUUCUCUCCCUCCCAAGCUGUUGUACAUGAAAGCAGAGCACAUCGAUCUGCUGAGGCAGUUGGUUUAAAGGAUUAUGGUCACCUAGAUGCUGGCAGAAUCUUCCAUGCUGCUCGAUUGGUUGCUAUUCUUGAAGCAUAUGCACUAUUCGACCCUGAAAUUGGCUACUGCCAGGGUAUGAGCGAUCUGUUAUCUCCUAUAAUUAGUGUUAUAUCAGAAGAUCACGAGGCAUUCUGGUGUUUUGUUGGAUUUAUGAAGAAAGCUAGGCAGAAUUUCAGGCUUGAUGAGGUGGGUAUUAGAAGGCAACUUGAUAUAGUUGCAAAAAUAAUCAAGUUUAAGGAUUCCCACCUGUUUAAGCACUUGCAAAAGCUCCAGGCCGAGGAUUGCUUUUUUGUGUAUAGGAUGGUGGUGGUAUUGUUUAGAAGGGAGUUGACAUUUGAACAAACUCUUUGUCUUUGGGAAGUAAUGUGGGCAGAUCAAGCAGCCAUCAGAUCUGGUAUUGGGAAAUCUGCCUGGAACAGAAUUAGGCAGCGUGCUCCGCCAACAGAUGACUUGUUGCUUUUUGCAAUAGCGGCCUCAGUGUUACAGAGAAGGAAAUUAAUUCUUGAGAAGUAUAGCAGCAUGGACGAGAUUAUUAAGGAAUGCAAUGGCAUGGCAGGACACCUUGAUGUUUGGAAACUCCUGGAUGAUGCCCAUAACUUGGUGGUCACCCUUCAUGAUAAAAUGAAAAUAGAGGCAUCGUUCCAAUGACUGCAGUGGAUACAUAAACUACUUUAUUAUAUUGUCUUCGAAAGAUCUUUAGUUCAGGCUGCUGGAUAUCUCCUCUUGCGCCUACAAUAAGCACUGCAAAUGCUGGGUUUAUUAAAAUGAAUCUUGCUGCUUGCUGAAACUUUCCACUGCUUAUUUACAAUCUUUAGUUUCAAUAGUGCUGGCAAAUGUGGGAAAUGAAGUUGGUUAGAUUUACAUGUUAUGUUUAUUAUUUCUUUUUUUUUUUCAUCUCUUUUGGUCUCCACCAUUUUCUUCCUUUUGAUUUCAAUUCUGAUUUGAGACACGCUUCGGAGCACCUUUACCUAAAGUAGGUAGGUAGGUGCGUGUAACCUAUAGUAGAAGAGACUGAGAUUUACUCGACAUCUAAGAGUGUUGUCCUUUUUGACUGAAUCUGAACUCUUGAAUUUUUA